AUGGAUACCGCAAACGGAUUCGAGGAUUUACUAGCGAGUACUGUUAGGGCUAGAGAGCUGAAAGAGCAGGAAGAACAGCAGGAAGCAAAAUCUUUAGACGGCCAUUAUCUUGGAUCACAAACUAAAUCGCUACUUAACUAUAAACGUAUUAGAAUCUAUGAACGGGUGUCAAGUCGAAAUGCUAAUAAAAGGAGAAAGGUCAAAGGAUUAUCCUCGAAGUCAUCUGAAGAUACUGUAGUAGAUUUUGAGCUCGAAUUGGAGCAUUCAGAAAUAAUGAACAAAUUAGUAACAGAAUUUGCAAAAGUUGCACCGACACUUGAGAAAAUGGUAAAAGCACGGCAACAUUUCACAAGCGGCAACUUAAUUUCCGACUAUCAACUCUCAUCAUCCCCGUCACUAGUACACACACUCCAGCCUCAAAUUACCAUUCCAGAAAUAUUUGAAUAUCUGACCCAUUGGCUGAAAAAUGACAUGCAGCACUUGUGGGUAGGCAUAACGUCCUUCGUGUUGAUUAUGCUGAGACAGUACCCAACAGCUAUUGUAGAGACCAGCCCAACAACUGCAAUGACGUUUAUCAAGAAGCUGAUGGAACAGAUAAACGUGCUACCGGUGAAAUUGAGCAAAGGACAGAUGAGAUGUGUGGAAAAGGGACAAGAAGUAAUUGAGGCUUUCUUGACAGGGAAAGGCUGUGGUGGGGUUGGAUGUGUUUCAUAUUAUCACAUUAUUCAAGAGUUUCCAGCCAUAUUCGGAGCUCCUGUUAAUGGUCAUUUCGAAAACGUUCACUGGACAAUGGAGCCAUUUGUGCACGAGUUAUGCAAACGCCGUAGACGCCUUUCGUUCAUCAUGAUGCCGCCUGAUGCGUCAUGGCCAUUAGUAUCUCAAUACAGUCGAGAUCAUGAAUACAACGACCUUGCAGGCAUAGAUUCAAAUAGAGUAUUCGCUCCUGACUAUGAUCAAUUUGUUCAAGAAGGCUGUGCGGCAAGCUUCACUUCUCGUUUCCGUGAUUUAUUUUUUCAGCGUGCUUGGAUAGAAGAAGUUCGUAUAAUGGCUAAGAAGGUUAAGGGGACCCAGUAUGGUUUGGAGCCUGUACGAGCCGCCAUAUUUGAGAAAGUUAAAGAUAUUAUUAUAUAUAUACAAGAGAAUUCCAAGUUCAAUGAGAGACGACAAGAUGCGUUUGGGGAACCUCGUAAUCAAAGGACAGUAACCGAACAAGUGCUAAUCCCAAACAAUUUGGAUCAUUGGGAAUUGAUGAUUGAGGUUGCUGAUCAAUUGUACAGUUUGGUUGGAACAGAGCACUAUGUAAAGUAUGAGGAGGCGCUCACCGAAUUUUGUCAGAUGGUUCGUUCGGGCGAUGAUGAUAGUUGCCCUCAAUUACUGAAAGACAAUGGGUUUAUCUGGCUUUUACUACAACUAUCUCAUAUCGAAAGAGUGAUGAAGGAGACAAUAUCAGUGGAUCUUAGCAAAGAUGAGAAGCUAUUUAGAAUGCUAUCUAGUUUAUAUAAUGAAAAGCAAAUUACAUCUAAAGAUGCUUUUUAUUUAAGAGAUUUGUCGCUGCAAUGCUUUAUGGCCUAUCAUCAAAAUUCUCUUAAUACUACUAAUUUGAAAUAUAGACAUCCAGAGCUGUUUUUGGCUCUACCAUAUAGCAAGGUCUGCGCGGAUCUAUCCAAAUAUGUUUUCACUAAAUACAAGGGGAACACUAUCAACGUUGAUUUGUUUCGUAAUAUCCAGUUUGAGGAAAUAAUAAAACUGGCUAUUGUCAGUGAAGCGAAUGAGAGUCUUGUUGCAGACACAUUACUUGCCAAUCUGAUAUCGCCAAAACUGGAAUUAGGGACUUUAGCGUUUCCAUCCGCAAAAUACUUGAAAGGAGGGAGUGCGACGUAUAAACUAUUAGACUACAUCGGCGUCCAUGCAAAAAAUAGGUUAUCAUUCUUAAUCGGUAAAAUGUCAUUCGAUGAAAAAGGCCCCACGUCCUUCUCUGACUCUCCUCAAAAGGAGCAUAACAGCGUUUCACCUUACGUGUUAGAUGCCUUAUUCAAGAUGCUUUAUAGCGCGCCGUGGUCAUUAUCGCAAAUAAUUAUUAUCAUAUUUGAGCGACUCAAAAAAUACGACAAAGCAUUAAAAGUAAAGGCUGAAGACGGUCCAGCACUUCCCGAGCAAUCACUACGUUGGACACACACUAUAUUGGAACUGUUCAAUUAUAGAUUACUUCGAUUUUUCAAGCAAUUUACGAAAACGCCAGACUUACUUAACUUUGUUAAGUAUUCACUGUCUCACUUAAAUCAUCGACAGACUUUCAGGGGAGUUGAGAUGUUUGCUAUACAUUCAAUGAUGCUACAGGUGGACGUAAAAUUCAUUCGCUCUAUUGGAGAAGCCAUUCGCGAAAAGUCUAUUUUGUUUACGGAAUCAGAAAUGUUGGCGAGAAUACUCAUCAUGACUAUCGCAAGAAUAGUAAAAUUCAGAGGAACCUCCGAUCUCCAAGCAGAUCUACUUUCCAAAGUACUAACAAACAUAUAUCCUUCUUCUCUCGAGUGGUCACCAGCUGUGUUCAAUCUCUUCCCAGAACCUGUAAAACAGAUACUUGAGUCCCAACAAGCCGGGAAUGCUUUUCCACCUGAUAAUAGCGCUGUACUCGCUGCUAUACACGCUGCUAUUCAAGAGGAGACACUACUCAAUCUUGUCAAGGACGAAAUUUUGAACGAGAAACAAGAAGCAGCGCUAAAAGAGAGGUAUAGCGACCCGGAAAGUCAAAAGAUCUUUUUAUGCGCUAUAUGGACCGUAUUAAUGCAUUACAAGAAACAAAAUCCUCUGCGAAGUACUUUGCUGCAGUUUGCACCAUCUAGGAUGGCAACCUAUACAGCUGGACUUAUUGAUCAUAUAGUGAGCGUGUCCACACCGCAAUGGAAAGUACUAGAAUGUGCUCUUUUAGCAGAGUUAAUCUGGAAAUACCAAAUUCUUGCAUUUGAACAUGUAAUUUAUGCAUUAAUUUGUCAUCAAAGAGAGGAGACGAAAAGGGAAAUAGCCACGGGAUUUCUCAAUUGUCUUCUCUUCGAACCAGAAGGUUUUUCGCAGCGAGUCGCUCGAUUUAUGGAGUUAGGAUUCUGCCCUAGAUAUUGGGUUGAAGAUGAUUUUCAUGGAAAGCUAAUGCAGUACCUUGAAGAUUAUCCAGAAUUUUAUGAAUAUGAAGCAUUUGCAAUGGACGGUUAUGCAAACACCAAUACACCGUUAAACCCACCACCAGAUAUCCAAAUGCCCAUAUAUUACUCAAACGUCAUCUUCCGAACAUUACCCAUAUUCGAUAUUCUGAUAGGGAAUAUGAUUGCGUUUGGGAACACAGAGUUACUGAGGUUCCUAGAUGAAUACGGAAAGUUAUAUCGAUAUCAUCAAACACCACUUACAUUUGUUAGAGAUUUAUUCUGUUAUUACUAUCCGACUAGUACCAUUAGAGAUCCAAAUGUAUGUCGAAGAUUAGUAAAGUUACUAGAUUUCGAUGAUUAUAAUAUUGCCCCAGAGUUGCUCGAAUAUGUGAAUAACGAGUCGGUCGGGGCGGAAAUUUUCGAUGAGAAUUACUUUGACAAAGUCUUUCGCAAAUUAGCCGAUAAUAUGCUCCCACAAAAAUGCGCUCCCAAGACAAAAUCUCACUUUCCGGAACGCCAUUUCCGUGAGAUCUCGAAUCCGAUGGUGUUGGCUCUGUAUAUCGCCUGUGUGGAAGUUUUGGCCACGCCAGUUGAGCCAGUUGAUGUAGUUAGAAUGGCUUUGAAUAUAAUUUUAGUGCGUGGAACAAAGAAUGUUGCAGUGCCGCCAAUAAUUAUUCAUGCGGUUGCGUUAUUACUCUCAUUUUUGCCACAAGAUGAGUUUGUUAUACCUAUGCUAACGGAAAUUGUGAAUGUGGUUAAGACAGAUGCUCAUUUGAGGGAGCCAUCUGCUGUCUGUACUUUGCCAUCCAAUACACAAUCUGACAAAUCUGCAUCUUUCUUUGCAAUGGACCCUCCGAACCCAUUUUUAGAACCGCCGUCACCGCAGGCAGUCAAGACUAUAAUGUUUCCGUAUAUAUUCAAAGACUAUACUUCUAAUUACCAUAACUUUGGAACGAAUGCUCCCAACACGCUCCUCACACUUGCUCACAGUAUUAUACAUUAUUCCAACAAUGAUAUUGUGGAAAGAUUCUUUGGAUCUAUGCUGAUAUUUAGAGAUGAGAUUAAAACCGACGUGCAAGUUUUAUACUUGUGUGCCCUUAUGGGACCUGUUUUACAUAGGUUGGAAAAGAAUGUUGUGAUUAUGAAAGAGUACAUAAUUCACUUGAUGCAACUCCUUCACGAUGUCACAUCAACAAUGCGACUAGAAGAAAAUGUCUCCACUUUGGCACUUGAACAAAUAUAUGAUUUCCUGUAA